AUGGGUGAAAAGCAUCACCAUGAUUCUGAGGUUGUAACCAGUUUGCAUCACGACAUGCUGGUCUCAGAUUUCGGGAGCAAAGAAGCCGCUUAUGAUUCUAUGGUGUACAGUUACAAGCAUGGAUUCUCCGGUUUCGCAGCUGAAGUCACAGAAUCUCAAGCUCAGAAGAUUACAGAGUUCAUGCCCAUUCCAUUUCCAGGAGGAGCUGAGGCCUCUGUGGCGUAUGAUCUGCUGCAACAACCCAUUAUGCAGUUCAUGGAACGCGAUCAGAAGCUGCAUCAAGAAGAUCAUUUAGGAUAUUUGGAGCACUUAAGACAUGAUGGAAAUGAUGACGUCAGCACAUAUUGGGAGCUGGCUGGAAGAUACAUGCCGGCGUUGACUGUUGAGUGUUGA